CGAGGGUGAUACGAGAAGCGAAAAUCCGAAACGGCUCUAGUGUGGCCUGUAAACUCUCCACGUGCCUUCGCGUCAAUCUCGUCGCGCCGCGGCUCGAGUGCAUCGUGACGUGGGGUCAUGGCCACCAUCAAGCCUAUCGAAGGCCGCUCCGUGCACCAGAUUCAGUCGGGCCAGGUCAUUGUGGACCUGCAGUCUGUCUGCAAAGAGCUCGUUGAAAAUAGCAUCGAUGCAGGUGCCACAUCGAUCGAGGUGCGCUUCCGGAACAACGGGCUUGACGCCAUCGAGGUGCAGGACAAUGGCGGUGGCAUCGCCCCGCCCGACUACGAGACGAUAGCACUCAAGCACUACACGUCAAAACUCUCCACCUAUGACGAUCUCUCCUCGCUGCAGACGUUUGGCUUCCGCGGUGAGGCCCUUUCGUCGCUCUGCGCCCUCUCCCGCUUCCACAUCGUCACUGCCCGUCCUGCUGAUGGCGCAAAAGGAACGAGGCUCGACUUCGAGCAGAGUGGCCGGCUCAAGGGUACAUCGGUCGUCGCAGCCAAGCAAGGUACCACGGUUGUGGUCGAGACGCUGUUCCACAAUCUGCCUGUGAGAAGAAAGGAGCUGGAGAAGAACGUCAAAAGGGAAUACAGCAAGGUGCUGGCGUUACUGAAUGCCUACGCAUGCAUCAGCGUAGGCAUCAAGUUCUCCGUGAGCAACCACAUGCCCAAGGGCAAGAAGUCAAUUGCCUUCGCUACGAAUGCGAAUCCAAAUACGAAAGACAACAUCUCUAACGUGUAUGGCGCCAAGACCAUCUCCGCCUUGAUCCCUCUUACCCUCGACUUUGAGAUGGACCCGUCAAACCGGCCAGACACCACCCAUCACACCAGAAACUUGAGUACUCAACAAGACUCUAGCUCGCGCGCAGUCAAGAUAGUGGGCCACAUCUCGCGCCCUGUUGUGGGAGAGGGUCGUCAGACUCCGGACCGUCAAAUGUUCUUCGUCAACUCACGACCAUGUAAUUUGCCCCAGAUCGCGAAAGCCUUCAACGAAGUAUACAAAUCUUUCAACAUCACCCAAUCACCAUUCGUAUUUGCGGAUCUCAGGCUAGACCCAAAUGCUUAUGAUGUCAAUGUUAGUCCGGACAAACGAACAAUCAUGUUGCAUGAUCAGACAGCUCUGUUGGAGAACUUAAAAGAGUCGUUGAUGCAGCUCUUCGAGCAGCACGAACAGAGUGUACCACAGGCUCAUCGUUUAGGACAUGGAGCAGCUCCAUCUGCCACCAAGGCACUUGCUAUGGGUCUACACGAGAGUAUCCAGCCAUCAGUAGUAGAAGCACGCAAUCAACGCGACAGUAUGAUUGGCAUUCGCUCGAGACCUCCCGCAAACGUCGGGGUCAGCACUCUGGCAGAUGCAUCUACCGAAAAUACCCUUCCAGGCUUCGUCAAGGCCAGUCUAAUCGAGAGGUUUGCUGGCCGCGACACAGAAGAGAGACUUGUUCGUCCACCACCUAAACAAAGACGUGAAAGCUCUCUCAAAGCCAUCACAACAACAGAUGAGCAUAUCCCCGUGAUACAUAACGCAUCGCCAGAGCACGACCAUACACAAAGCUCACUACGACAAGAGUCGCAAUCACCGUUAUUCGAGCCCGAACAGCCGGGCUCUGCGGUUCUAACCCAGUCAGUGCAUCUCUCGAAGGCUCUAGAAAACUUCACGGAACGCACGGAAUUCCAGCAAGUCGAAAGGAUAGCGCGGGAACAGUCUUUGGAAUUAUCGGAUCCCACUGCAAUCGAGCCAGACGAGCCGAAUGUUCCAGUAAUCGAGCAAACUCCACAGAGGUCAUUAUCACAAAGUACAAUUCAGAACGCAUUUGAUCGCAUGCGUCCAAUGCGUACGCCGGCCCAACAAGCUACAAUCACGGUGGGAGGAACAACAACGCUGUCAACGGUUGUGCAUGGAAGCCAAACGAGAUCUUCGAAGCGAGCUAGGAUACAUACGCCGAAAUACUCUCUGGAUGGUACGCCUUUGAACCAAACCUCAAAGAGAAUGCUGUUUACCAAGAGUUUACAUGGUCUCGCAGCACCCGGUACGCAGACUGGAAACUGCCAGGAACAAAGUGAUGAUGAUGAACAAGAUGACAUGCCACGUACGCCAGCACGCUCUCCUUCUCCACGCAAACCGCUCCCGCGCAAGGCAUUUGAAGUACCAGAGAGCGACGAUUUAGUUGACUUAUCAAGCGCUCCACCUGCUCCUUCAUUGUAUACCGAAGACAGGUCCUUGGAGGAUGUAUCAUCGGAUGAGCUAGUCUCUUAUGAAGACGCUGAAGAUUCGAGUGCUGAAUAUCUCGACGAGUCAGAGAAAAAAAUCAGGGAGGACGCAAAGGUUGCGCAAAUGAUCGCUGAGGCCGAAGACGCUGCCGCCGGACCUACGGAUGUAAGUUUGAAACGCGCGAGCAGGUUGUUUAAGGUCUCUCAGAACAAGUACUGGACUAUCAAUCUUGAGCGUGUGAUCGAGACAGACGUUACUUCAAUCGCCCGACACGUAUGCAAUCUCCAAUCCGCAGUCGGAACAUUUCCAGGAUCAAUAACGGCGAGAGAAAUUCCCACAUGUACACAACUCAGCAGAGAGGACCCGGAAGAACGUUUGUCGCUCACAGUGCAAAAGGAAGACUUUAACAGAUUGCGUAUCAUUGGUCAAUUCAAUCGAGGAUUCAUCGUUGCUGUCCUACCACCUACCUCAGUUUUGCCCACUUACAAUCUGUUCAUCAUCGAUCAGCAUGCCAGCGACGAGAAGUACAAUUUCGAACGAUUGUCCGCGUCUACUGAGCUUUCUUCACAACGGCUGGUGCAUCCCCAUACGCUAGAGCUCACUGCCGUGGAGGAGGAGAUUAUCCUCGCUAAUAAACACGUACUGACUGCAAACGGAUUUGUUGUCGACAUUGACAUCCCAGACGAUGACGCUGAUGUCCAAGUUGGGCGUCACACAAGACUCACUUCUCUUCCCAUGUCCAGAGAUGUGACGUUCACCCUCACCGACCUCGAAGAACUACUCGCACUCCUCCUGGAAAGUCCGCCCUCAUCUUCGUCAUCGACAUCUCCAUAUAUACCACGCCCUUCCAAAAUCAGAAAGCUACUCGCAAGCCGUGCGUGCAGGAGCUCUGUCAUGGUCGGUCGGACUUUGCAAGAUACACAGAUGGAGAGCAUUGUAAGACACAUGGGAACAAUGGAUAAACCGUGGUCUUGUCCUCAUGGGAGACCAACCAUGCGGCACCUUCAUAAAAUGGAUGAUGAGGCCGGUUGGAGUGAAGGAGAUGGUAUUGUAGGGAUGGGUAAAUCACGAGAGAAGGCAAAUUGGAAGGAAUUUAUAAGCAGAUACCGUGAAAUAAGUUUAGAACAGUAAUGGAAAUGUAUCCGUGUC